AUGGUGGACAUCGAUGCAUUCAGCGAUAACCGCUUUCUCGUACAAGGUCAACUGGGGGAGGUGGGUGUCGGCUACACCUUCCGGAGCGGCCGUCACAGGGCAGAACCACGAGACGCGGGCGUCGCCUUUACCAUACGGGACGACGUUGUAGUACGAUUGCCCUGCCUGUCGCCAGACACCAUUGAUCGUUGGAUGAGCCUGCGCCUUUCUCUUCGGGAUCCAACUUCGCCACCAUCCUCAGCGCCCACGCUCCAUCAAUGA